AUGGGGCCAGCGGAUGACCUCGAAGAGGCUAUCCAGGUAUCUCGCCAAGCUGUUCAGAGCACCCCCGAAAACCAUCCCGAUCUUGCAGAAAGGUUGAACGGCCUCGCAAAGACACUUAGAAAGCGAUAUAAACGGACUGGCCAAACUGAUGAUCUCGAAGAGGCAAUCCAGCUUUCUCGCCAGGCGGUUCAGAUCACUCCUGAUAAUCAUCCUGAUAAUCAUCCUGAUAAUCAUCCUGAUAAUCAUCCUGAUAAUCAUCCUGAUCUUGCAGGACGGUUGAAUGGCCUCGCAAACACACUCGAAAUACGAUAUAAACGAACUGGACAAACUGAUAACCUCGAAGAGGCGAUUCAACUUUCUCGCCGGGCGGUUCGAAUCACUCCCGAUGAUCAUCCUAAUCUCGUAGGACGGUUGAUAAGCCUCGCAAAUAAAGUCCAAAGUCGAUAUGAACGAACUGGACAAAGAGAUGACCUCGAAGAGGCUAUCCAAGUGUCUCGCCAAGCUGUUCAGAUUACUCCCGGUGAUCAUCCUAAUCUUGCAGGACGGUUGAUAAGCCUCGCAAUCACACUAGAAAGGCGAUAUGAACAAACUGGACAAAGAGAUCACUUCGAAGAGGCUAUCCAAGUGUCUCGCCAAGCUGUUCAGAUUACUCCCGAUGAUCAUCCUAAUCUUGCAGGACGGUUGAUAAACCUCGCAAUCAUACUAGAAAGGCGAUAUGAACGAACUGGACAAAUAGAUGAUCUCGAGGAGGCAAUCCAGCUUUCUCGCCAGGCGGUUCAGAUCACUCCCGAUAAAGAUCCUGAUCUUGUAAUAGGGUUGCAAAUCCUUGCAAAUACACUCAAAAGCCGACACGAGCGAACUAGACAAACUGAUGACCUCGAAGAGGCGAUUCAACUUUCUCGCCGGGCGGUUCGAAUCACUCCCGAGAAUCAUCCUAAUCUUACAGGACGGUUGAGUAGCCUCGCAAACACACUAGGGGGUCGAUACGAGCGAACUGGACAAACCGAUGACCUUGACGAGGCUAUCCAGUUAUCUCGCCGGGUGGUUCAGACCACUCCUGAGAAUCAUUCUGAUCUUGCAGAAUGGUUGGGUAGCCUCGGGUUUAAGCUCGCAAUUCGAUACGAGCGAAUGGGACAAACAGAUGACCUCGAAGAAUCAAUUCAGGUGUCUCGCCAGGCGGCCCAGAUAAUUCCUGAGAACAAUCCCAAUCUUUCAACAGUGUUGAAUAACCUUGCAAACGCACUCGGGUCUCGACACGAACUAACAGGACAGGUCAGAGACCUUGAAGAGGCGAUUCAACUUUCUCGCCAGGCAGUUCAGAUCACUCCUGAUAGCCAUUCUGAUCUUCCAGGAAGAUUGAACAAUCUCGCAAUUAAGCUUAAAAAUCGCUAUAAGCGAAUGGGAAAAAUAAACGACCUCAGCGAGGCUAUCCAGUUGUCGCGCCGGGCGGUUCGAAUCACUCCCGAUGAUCAUCCUAAUCUUGCAGGAUGGUUGAGUAGCCUCGCAAACACACUAGGGGGUCGAUACGAGCGAACUGGACAAACUGAUGACCUUGACGAGGCUAUCCGGUUAUCUCGCCAGGCGAUUCAGAUCACUCCUAAGAAUCAUUCUGAUCUUGUAGGACGGUUGAGUAGCCUCGGGAUUAAGCUCGCAAUUCGGUUUAAGCGAAUAGGACAAACAGAUGACCUCGAAGAAUCAAUUCAGGUAUCUCGCCAGGUAGCUCAGAUAAUUCCUAAGAGCUAUCCCGAUCUCGCAGGAGCAUUCGAGAACCUCGGAAACACACUCGAGCUUCGACACGAACUAACAGGACAGGUCAGAGACCUUGAAGAGGCAAUUGAGUUGUCUCGCCAAGCGAUUCAGAUAACUCCAAAUAAUCACCCUGACCUUUCAAUAUCGUUCAAUAACCUCGCAAAUAAACUCGAACUUCGCUACGACAGAACCGGACAAAUAUACGAUCUUGAAGAAGCUGUUCAAUUGUCUCGUCAGGCGAUCCAGACCACUCCUGAUAACCAUCCAGACCUUGCAAAACAGCUCAAUAAUCUUGGGACCAAGCUUAAAAGUCGAUACGAACGAACAGGAAAAAUAGUCGACCUUGAAGAGGCGAUCCAGGUUUCUCGCCAGGCUGUUCAGAUUACUCCCAAUAAUCAUCCCGAUCUUGCUGGAUGGUUAGAUAACCUCGGAACCAAUCUAGCCAGUCAACACAAACGAACAGGACAAAUAGUCGAUCUUGAAGAGGCAAUUCAGGUGUCUCGCCAGGCUGUUCAGAUUACUCCUAAUGAUCAUCCUGGGCUCGCUGGACGGUUAAAUAACCUCGCAAUAAAACUUGAAAGCCGAUAUAAACAGACGGAGCAGAUAGAAGACCUCGAAGAAGCAAUUAAGGUGUCUCGCCAGGCGGUCAAGAUUACGUCAGCCCCUCCUUUGAAUCGAAUCAAAGCUGCUCAUCUAGCUCUUCGUCUUCUCCUCAGGCAAGAGGACUAUACUGGAGGCUAUAUAUUAUCUGUUGAAGCAAUUGAUAUUCUGCAGCUUGUGCAUGAAAGAUCCCCAAGUCUGCAGGAUCGCCAAUAUAUUGUCUCUCAUAUUUCUGGCCUCGCAACACAAGCCUGCUCUCUUGCUUUUCAAGUUGGUCGACCCGUUUUCGAAGGCUUACGAUUAUUAGAGAGUGGACGUGGUGUCAUCCUUGGCCUUCUUAUGGAUAAGCGCAGUGAUAUAUCUAAAUUAAAAGAGCUUUAUCCAGCUGUGUGUGCACAUUACGAACGCCUUCGCCUUGAGGUAAAUACUACUGUUAAGAACGCCGAUUCCCAGUGGACAGAUAAAUAUAUCUUUGCAAGACGGCGAUCGGCCACCGAAGAGCUCGAAAAGUGUAUACAGGAUAUAAGAAAUCUCCCGGGCCUCGAAUCCUUUCAACGGGGUCUGACUAUCAAGCAAAUGCAGAAUGCUUCUAAUAAAGGCAGCAUUGUCGUGGUGAAUGUUACUAGCCUACGAAGUGAUGCUAUUAUUGUCUGUUCAGCCGGAUUUAGCUUGGUUUCUCUUCCUCGAUUCAGUGCAGCCCAAGUUAAGAGCUGGGCUGACCAGACGUUAACUUCGGCUUCGGCUAGUGAAUAUGGUGUGAAGAAUAAAGUAUACCACCAAUUUCUAGCCUGGCUCUGGCGUGAGUGCGUGAAUCCUAUUCUUAUUAACCUCGGUCACUCGGUUCAAUCAUCUCUAGAGGAUCUCCCAAGGGUCUGGUGGAUUGGGACUGGACUUACUAGCUCUUUCCCAUUUCACGCGGCGUGUGAUAUCUAUACAGGACACAAUACAUUCUGUCGUAUUUUAUCUUCCUACGCCCCUUCGAUCAAGGCACUCCUACACUCCAGAGAACGGGCUCCUAUCUCUGCUUUAUCGAAUGAAAGCCCCGCAAAACUACUCAUAGUUACCAUGCCAAAAACACCAGGCGCUGAUGACUUACCCGGUGUUGAUACCGAGAAGUCCACAGUCCUAGGAGCACUUGGAAAUUCCGUCCAUGUGGAAGUUCUCAACCAACCGGAUUCCACAAGCGUUCUUCGCCAGAUUCGUGAAUGCAAAAUUGCCCAUUUUGCUUGCCAUGGAUUUUCAGACUUGCUUGACCCCUCUCAGAGUGGCCUUGUAUUGCAGACCGCCACUGCAAGUCCAAGACAGGACAUAUUAAGUGUUCUUAAGCUCUGCGAAAACCACUCUGCGUAUGGGGAUAUUGCUUACCUCUCUGCAUGUUCAACAGCAGAGACUAAGAUAGGACUCCUUGUAGACGAGGUCAUCCAUGUUGUUAGUGGUUUCCAGGUCGCCGGAUUCAGACACGUCAUUGGAACUUUGUGGCCAUCUGGUGACAAUGUGUGUCAGAAGGUUGCGAGAUCCUUCUAUGCUGAGCUUUGUCGGAACGGCGAUCUCGAGUACACUGACAGAGACGUCGCGAUGGCACUUCAUAAAGCGGUUUUGGCCGUUUCGACGAGUGUUGAUUAUCGAAAACGGCCGUUACAUUGGGCACAGUUUGUCCAUUAUGGUGCUUGA